GGGAGCAGCAGAAGAUAUUUCUAUAACCCUACCAGCAUAUAUUUCAUUUCACAAGGUUAACCACACCAGUUGAUGCAGUGCUCUGCUUUUUGAAACACUGUUGGAUGACUGAAGACUUUAAGACCCACACGUCUGUUUUAAAUCUGAGAACCUCCUUCAGUAUUCCUGAUGGAGAGGCUCAACAGCGGAGAGCACGUUAACUCCGCUUAUGAUUCUAAUCUGGAUGAACCUCCGGUGUAUGAGGAGCACCGGGCGGUGCGGCCCUCGGUGGUCAGUGCUUUUGGUCACGACACUUUGGACCGGCUGCCCAACAUUGACUUCUACCGCAAUGCAGGCAGUGUGAGCGGCCACCGGGCCGUGAGACCAUCUCUGCAGGAGCUCCACGAUGUCUUUCAGAAGAAUGGAGCGAUCUCUGUGCCGGACACUGUGGAGGACGAUGAAAAGGACGAUGAAAAGGACGAUGAAGAGGAUCUGGAGUCUGCCGUUCCCACUGACAAAGGACCAGUAAAGUUUGGCUGGAUAAGGGGCGUCCUGAUAAGAUGCAUGCUGAACAUCUGGGGUGUCAUGUUGUUCAUCCGUCUGUCCUGGAUCUUUGGUCAGGCAGGCUGGGGUCUGGGAAUUAUGGUCAUUCUUCUCAGCUGUGUGGUCACCACCAUCACUGGCCUUUCCAUGUCUGCCAUUUGUACUAAUGGUGUGGUCAGAGGAGGAGGGGCCUACUACUUGAUAUCUCGCAGUUUGGGACCAGAGUUUGGCGGGUCGAUUGGUUUAAUUUUCGCCUUCGCCAAUGCAGUUGCUGUAUCCAUGUAUGUGGUGGGAUUUUCUGAGACCGUGGUCGACUUGCUCAAGGAAAAUGCUGCCAUCAUGGUGGAUGAGAUAAAUGACAUCAGGAUCAUUGGAUGUAUUACGGUGGUGUUGCUACUGGCCAUAUCAAUUGCUGGAAUGGAGUGGGAGGCCAAGGCCCAGAUUCUUCUACUCAUUAUCUUGCUGUUGGCUAUAGUGAACGUAUUUGUAGGAACCUUCAUUCCUGCAACCCCGGUAAAGAAAUCCCAAGGCAUCUUCGAUUAUAACUCGAAAAUCUUCUUAGAGAAUUUUACUCCAGACUUUAGGGAAGGUGAGAGCUUUUUUUCAGUGUUUGCCAUCUUUUUCCCUGCUGCAACCGGGAUCCUGGCUGGAGCCAACAUCUCUGGAGACUUGCGGGAUCCCCAGGCAGCCAUCCCUAAAGGUACACUGCUGGCCAUCGUGAUAACUGCUAUCACCUACCUGGGUGUAGCCCUCGCUGUCUCUGCCUGUGUAGUUCGGGAUGCCACAGGAAACUUAACUAACAUCAUCACCAGUUCAAUACCAUGCAAUGGGACCUCAAUCGUUGCUUGUGAGCUUGGAUAUGAUUUCUCUUCUUGUGCAGAGACUAAAUGCCCUUAUGGCUUGCUGAACAACAAUCAGAUGAUGACCUUCGUGUCUGGGUUCGGCCCCCUCAUCAUUGCUGGAACGUUCUCAGCCACCCUUUCCUCUGCUCUGGCUUCUCUUGUCAGUGCUCCUAAAGUUUUCCAGGCACUGUGCAAAGACAACAUCUACACCAUCCUGCACUUCUUCGCCAAAGGAUAUGGCAAGAACAACGAGCCAAUCCGGGGCUAUGUGCUCACAUUCUUUAUUUCUGUGGCCUUCAUUCUCGUUGGUAAUCUCAACACCAUCGCUCCUAUCAUCUCAAACUUCUUCCUGGCAUCUUAUGCUCUCAUCAACUUCUCCUGCUUCCAUGCCUCCUACGCCAAGUCUCCAGGUUGGAGACCGGCAUAUAAAUACUACAACAUGUGGCUAUCUCUCGUGGGCGCAUUGCUCUGCUGUGUUGUGAUGUUCGUUAUUAACUGGUGGGCUGCUCUUCUCACAUACGCCAUUGAAAUCCUACUCUACAUUUAUGUAUUAGUCAAGAAGCCAGAUGUGAACUGGGGUUCGUCCACGCAGGCGGUGACAUUUGUGAGUGCCGUCAGCAACGCUCUGUCCCUCUCUGGUGUGGAGGAUCAUGUCAAGAACUUCAGGCCUCAGAUCUUAGCCCUCACAGGUUCAGCGCGGGCCAGACCGGCUCUCCUGGACCUGGCUCACUCCUUCUCCAAGAACUAUGGACUCUGUCUUACCUGUGAAGUGUUUGUGGGCCCGAGAUCAGAGGCCCUCGAGGAGCUGAACGCUGGCAUGGAGAAGAACCAGCUGUGGCUUAGGAAGACCAAGCGAAAGGCAUUUUACGCUGCUGUGGCUUGUGACAGCUUCAGGGAAGGGACUGAGAGUCUGCUGCAGGCUUCUGGUCUCGGCCGUAUGAAGCCAAACACAUUGAUGGUAGGCUUCCAGAGAAACUGGAGGAUUGCCGGCGCAGAGUCAGUGCAGAGUUAUGUGGGAAUACUGCACGAUGCUUUUGACUUUGAGUACGGGACAGUAUUGCUGAGGAUGAAUGAGGGCCUUGAUGUGUCACACAUUGUGGAAGCUGAAGAGGACAUGCUGAAGGCAGCAAAGGAACAACAGGACAAUGAGAUGACACCGAACGGAGGGAAAUCAAGAGGACUGUUCAGGAAGUCCAGGAAAUCCUCUCAGCAAGUGCUCGCAACAAGAGUGUCAGUGUGCGGCCCUCCACCCCCGCAGGUGGCCAAGAUGAAUGAGAGGCUGUCGGAGGCCAGUUCUCAGUUCCGGAAGAAACAGCCUAAAGGAACCAUUGAUGUAUGGUGGCUGUUUGAUGAUGGAGGUCUUGCCCUGCUGCUCCCAUACAUCCUCACUACCAGGAAGAAGUGGAAGGACUGUUCAUUAAGGAUCUUCAUCGCAGGGCAGCCGGGACGCACUGAGCAGGAUAAACAAGAGAUGAAGUCUCUGUUGCAAAAAUUCAGAAUUAAAUGCACUGACAUCAAUGUCAUUGAUGACAUCCAUGUCCAGCCCAGCCCUAACAGCUUGAAGAAGUUAGAGGAAAUGAUUGAGCCUUUCUGUCUGCACGAGGGGUCUAAGGACACUGCUCAGGCUGAAGCCAUGCGAAAAGAGCAUCCAUGGAAAAUCACUGAUGAAGAGCUGAGCUCCUUUGAAGAGAAGACCAACCUCCAGAUACGACUAAAUGAGUUGCUUCAGGAAAACUCCAAGUCAGCCAAUCUGAUCAUUGUGAGCAUGCCUAUUGCUCGUAAGGAAUCUGUGUCUGACUACCUCUACAUGGCCUGGCUGGACAUCCUGACAAAAGACCUUCCACCAACUCUGCUCAUCAGAGGCAACCACAAGAGUGUGCUUACUUUCUACUCCUGAGCACCUAGUAGGAUAUAGGCAUCUACAAAGAAAACAAAUAGUAAUACCUUAAUGAUGGACCAUGUUCAUAAAGCUAACCAUAACCUCAGAUGAUGUUAUUCAGUCCUCUUGACCAAAACCACAAUGUAUCACAUGCAUUUUUUUUUGGCAUUUAAGUCCUGAUUCAUCCUGUGCUAAGACACACACCUUUAAAAAACAAGUUGUUAGCCGGAGCAUUUAGCAAAGGUAGUAUUAAGUCAUUUUCAGUCAAAACACUAAAGAUGGGUUGCACUUUGUGAAGUUUCUGCCAGCUUUCCUAAAAAGGAGCCUUACAGGCUACCAGUGCUGCCUGGUGAUUUUGUAUGCUUUCAGUGAAGAGCAAGACUAGUCUCAAUAAAGGGACAUUUAUUUCUGAUUUUGAAUUUCAAAAUGUCAGCCUGAAUGUGAAUUCAGAAGCAGAGUCAACGUUUUAAACACACUGCAGCAGUGGACAAGUACAGAUUUGUUGGUUUAAUCUUCAGAUAUAAUAUAGAUACAAAAACUAAAAACAUUCUUGCUUCCUAACUUAGUCACCCCAUUGAAAUGAACAAAGGCAGAGACACAUGUCGCUUUCAUGUUGAGUGACUGUGUAACCUGCUGCAGUCAUCGUAACAAUGUAUGUACAUAGUAGAUGUCUGGAUUCAGAAGUUUCUGGGCAAAAAACACUUCCUUUCAUAAACAAUCAUUAACAUCUAUUCUUUUGAAAUGCAGUAGUAAUGGUAGUUUGAUUCUUUUUUUCUAACACUCCUUGAUAUUCACUGGGUGUAAAAUAUACUGUUCUCAUAAAGCUGUUUACCUGUUCCACAUUAUGUUUAAUGUUACUACCACAGCACACUUUGUGUCUAAGGAAAAUAUAGUGAAUGAUUUUAAAGAAAGACUUCUGUAUAUUUCAACCUUUUCUCUAUCUUCUUAUUUAAAUAUCUAAUUGUGUGAUAACCUGAAAUAAAGGAUUAAUACAA